GGGAGCAGCUUCAUGACUACGCGGAGCGGGAGAGCGGCCACACCAUGCGAGCACAAAUUGAAGUGAUACCAUGCAAAAUUUGUGGCGAUAAAUCCUCCGGGAUCCACUACGGAGUCAUCACGUGUGAAGGCUGCAAGGGAUUCUUUAGGAGGAGCCAGCAAAACAAUGCCUCUUACUCCUGCCCAAGGCAGAGAAACUGUUUAAUUGAUAGAACCAACAGAAACCGUUGCCAACACUGCCGACUGCAGAAGUGUCUUGCCCUAGGAAUGUCAAGAGAUGCUGUGAAGUUCGGGAGGAUGUCCAAGAAGCAGAGGGACAGCCUGUAUGCUGAGGUGCAGAAGCACCAGCAGCGGCUGCAGGAGCAGCGGCAGCAGCAGAGCGGGGAGGCCGAGGCGCUGGCCAGGGUGUACGGCGGCGGCAUCAGCAACGGCCUCGGCGGCCUCCACGGCGAGGCCGGAGGCACCUAUGCCAACGGACACGUCAUCGACCUGCCCAAGUCCGAGGGUUAUUACAACGUGGAUUCCGGCCAACCGUCCCCUGAUCAGUCAGGACUUGACAUGACUGGAAUCAAACAGAUAAAGCAAGAACCUAUCUAUGACCUCACAUCCGUCCCCAACUUGUUUACCUAUAGCUCUUUCAACAACGGGCAGCUAGCGCCCGGGAUAACGAUGGGUGAGAUCGAUCGAAUUGCACAGAACAUCAUUAAGUCCCAUCUGGAGACAUGUCAGUACACCAUGGAGGAGCUACACCAGCUGGCAUGGCAGACACACACCUAUGAAGAAAUUAAAGCGUAUCAAAGCAAGUCCAGGGAAGCACUAUGGCAACAAUGUGCCAUCCAGAUCACUCACGCCAUCCAGUAUGUGGUUGAGUUCGCAAAGCGGAUAACGGGCUUCAUGGAGCUCUGUCAGAAUGAUCAAAUUCUGCUUCUGAAGUCAGGUUGCUUGGAAGUGGUUUUAGUGAGAAUGUGCCGUGCCUUCAACCCAUUAAACAACACUGUUCUGUUUGAAGGAAAAUAUGGAGGAAUGCAGAUGUUCAAGGCCUUAGGUUCCGAUGACCUAGUGAAUGAAGCAUUUGACUUUGCAAAGAAUUUGUGUUCCUUGCAGCUGACUGAGGAGGAGAUUGCUUUGUUCUCAUCUGCUGUUCUGAUAUCUCCAGACCGAGCCUGGCUGAUAGAACCAAGGAAGGUCCAGAAGCUUCAGGAAAAAAUCUAUUUUGCACUUCAACAUGUGAUUCAGAAGAAUCACCUGGAUGAUGAGACCUUGGCAAAGUUAAUAGCCAAGAUCCCCACCAUCACGGCGGUCUGCAACUUGCAUGGGGAGAAGCUGCAGGUAUUCAAACAAUCACAUCCAGACAUAGUGAAUACACUCUUUCCUCCAUUAUACAAGGAACUCUUUAAUCCCGACUGUGCCACCGUCUGCAAAUGAAGGCGACCAGAGGACUGUCUCCUAGUCGGGAAAGGCAUCACCGUUAAGACAAAAGCAAUGUGUUCAUGAAGACUUAAGAAAAAAAAAAUGUCUACUGCAACAUUAGGAAUGUCCUGCACUUAACAGAAUUAUU